AUGGCGACCGAAACUGCUCCCACCAACGGCCUGUAUGGCACAAACCCAUAUAGCCAGCCAGCCGAACUCGCGGCAUCUACUCCAUCUGCCCCGACUCAUACUACCUCUGCGUCUCAAAGUACUACUACUUCCGCCCACACUCAGAAGGCAGACCCGCAAGAGAUUGGCUGGUACUUUGUCGAGCAAUAUUACACCACUUUGUCCAAGAGCCCAGAAAAGAUACAUUUGUUUUACUCCAAGAAGUCGCAGCUCGUCACCGGUGUAGAGGCCGAAAAGGUUGUCCCGGCCGUUGGUACCAAGGCCAUCAGCGAAAAGAUCAAGGCGCUUGACUUCCAGGAUUGUAAAGUCCGCGUCCUCAAUGUCGACUCCCAGUCCUCCUUCUCCAACAUCGUCGUCCAAGUCAUUGGUGAGAUGUCAAACAAGUCGGAGCCCCAUCACAAAUUCGUCCAAACUUUUGUUCUCGCCGAGCAACCAAACGGCUAUUUUGUCCUCAACGACAUUUUCCGGUACCUCAGUGACGAAGUAGAUGAAAUUGUGGAAGACGAACAGCCGCAGCCGGAGGUACCUGCUGAAGAACCAGUCACACCCGCAGAAGGCCUGACUGACCCGCAGCCGCACAUCGAGGAGACCGUUGCGACCGAGGCUGCUGCCGAGGAGGUGGACGAGAAGCUUGAGGAAGACAAGAAGGAAACCACUCUGGCAAAUGCCACUGAAGUCAAUGGCGCCAUCAUCCCGCCGCCCACUGAACAACCUACCGAAGCACCAGAAAGCUCGGCGUCACCUGUCCAAGCUCCAGAAGGACAAGCGGCUGAUACUCCUGCGGCCGCGCAGCAAGCCACACCAGAGGCUGCUCCCCGUGCAGAGCCCGUUGUCGAUCCGGCUCCUGCGCCUCCGACAUCUGCUGAAGUACCUACUGCGAAGAAGACUUGGGCUAGCAUGCUCGGUGGUGGAACAAAAGCCCCGGCGGUUCCUGCUCUCCCUGUCGCAACUCCUGCAGCACAGCCGAAGGCUCCUCGGCCAUCGCAACCUACUCAAGCCCCCAAGAUCCCAGUCGAAGCUGCGGCACCUGCAAACCCCUCUGGCAGCCCGGUGGCUUCCCAGAGCAAUGGCUGGCAGACCGCCGAGCACAGCCGAAAGGGCAAUCGGCCACAAAACAAGCCUGGCCCCGACGGCGUCGUACUCGCAUACAUCAAAAACGUAAAUGAAAAAGUGGAUGCUCGAGUCCUUCGCGAAGUCCUCGAACGCUUUGGCGAACUCAGGUAUUAUGACGUGUCACGACCAAAGAACUGCGCCUUUGUUGAAUUCACUGAACCCGCUGGCUACGCAGCAGCAGUCGCAGCCAACCCACACACUGUCGGCACGGAACAGAUUUAUGUUGAGGAGCGCCGCCCGCGUCCCACUGCCUAUGGUGGUAGAGAUGCCAACUACAGCCGUGGUGGUAACAACGCCGGGCGUGGUCGAGGUGGUGCGCAGGUUGCGCAAGGUGGGCGAAGUGGGAGCCAGACCAACUUUCCCAAGGAUGCCGGUCGUGGCAGCGGCUUUCAGCAACGAGGUGGAAAAUCUGGUACUGUCACCCCUAAGGGACGUGGUCAAACUCAAGCUGCCUGA